UAGCGCGUCAACCGUUGACCGUCACGUUCGUCAGUCUGCAGAGUCCACUGGUGCUACGUAGAGCCCAUGUCCGCGUAACUUUUAAUGCCAAGUCGGGGGGGUUACGUUUUUCUGGUACUGGUUGUUUUAGUGGUUCGGAAUCGUGGUGUUUCACAAUCAUAUUCGCUGCCGUGAAAUCUGUUAAGUGCUAUGUUAAAAAUCAAUGUAUGAAACACGCUAAGAAAAAUCGGUACAUAUUAUAUAAUGCCCGAAACCGGUUUGGUGGCCUAAACAAAAAUAGUUGACCGUGCCAAAUGAUAGCCUAAACAGUAUAUUUACUGCUGGAUUUAACUGCGCCUGGAUAGAAACCGAACAGUCCACCAAAACAUGAUACUUUAAUGAUCGCAUGCGAGCAACAGAAAGUCGUCAAUUAAUUUAAUCAAAACCCAUAAAUCAAAUUUAAUGAACAAAUAAAUUUGCGCACGCAACAAGCCAAUAAAUAGAUCAAUAAAAUAAAAUACAAUAAAAAACAAUAAAAUAAUAUAAAAUACAGUAUUUAUAUAUCAUCUAUCAUCACGAGAGUGCCAUUUACAAGAUAAGCAAAAAAAGAUAGAACAAUUGAACGAGAGCGAGAGAGAGAGAGAGGGGAAUACAAACUGCAAGCAGCUGUCAUCUGACAUCUGGCAACGCCGAGGCUGUCAGUUUAAAGCCGUAACGGUUAUUGGCAGCAUUUUACUCACGCAAAAGCCAACGCCAAACCGGCUAGGCACAAGAGUUAGUCAAGAGAGACAAGGACAGCGACAGCCCAGCUAUACCGUGAGAGGGAGAGAGCGAGCAGACCACAAGCAUGGGAAACUCUUCGUCACACACGCACGAACCACUGGAGCGCGGCUUCACACGUGGAAAAUUCGGCGAUGUCAAGAAUGGGAAAUCCGCCUCGUUUCGGUUUAGCAAGAAGUCGCCCAAGAAGAUGGAUCGACUGCGACGCUCGUUCCGGGACUCCUUUCGUCGCCGCAAGGAUCGAGUGCCUGAGUCCUCCAAGCCACACCAAUGGCAGGCCGACGAGGAGGCCGUGCGGUCCGCCACCUGCUCCUUCUCGGUUAAGUACUUGGGCUGCGUGGAGGUGUUCGAGUCGCGCGGCAUGCAGGUCUGCGAGGAGGCGCUCAAAGUGCUAAGGCAAUCCCGACGCCGCCCAGUGCGAGGCCUUCUCCAUGUGAGUGGAGAUGGGCUGCGUGUUGUGGACGAUGAGACGAAGGGGCUUAUUGUUGACCAGACCAUUGAGAAGGUGAGCUUUUGUGCGCCGGAUCGCAAUCACGAACGUGGAUUCAGCUAUAUUUGUCGCGACGGAACCACUCGCCGCUGGAUGUGCCAUGGCUUCCUCGCAUGCAAGGACUCGGGCGAAAGGUUAUCCCAUGCUGUGGGCUGCGCGUUUGCCGUUUGUCUGGAGCGCAAGCAACGACGCGACAAGGAGUGCGGCGUAACGAUGACCUUUGACACAAAGAACUCGACGUUUACGCGCACCGGCUCCUUCCGGCAGCAGACGCUCACCGAGCGCCUGGCCAUGGCCACUGUGGGCAGCAAUGAGCGCUCUGUGGAUGGACCCGCGCUUCCCGGACCGCCUGCCGCCACGGUCAAGCCGUUCAAUCCGUUCGCCAUCGAGCGGCCGCACGCCACACCGAACAUGCUGGAGCGGCAGAGCUCCUUCCGGCUAAGCACCAUUGGCAGCCAGUCACCAUUCAAGCGACAGAUGUCUUUGCGUGUCAACGAUCUUCCGUCCAAUGCGGAUAGGCAGAAGGCCUUCCUGGCCGCUGCUGCCGGCAACCCGCAUCCACAUGCGCUGCACACUCCACAGCGCAGUGUAUCGCCCAUUGCGGAGGUCUCGCCGGUCAAGAGUGGCAAUAAUGCUGUCGUCUUGGCGGCCGAUACAGUUAGUCAGUUGUGCCAGGAGCUCAGCCAGGGCCUGUCGCUGCUCACGCAGACGGACACGAUGCUGGCGGCCGGUGACGAUCUGAACUUUAACAACAACCGCAGCAUCAACCAGAACAUCAUUGCCGCCGAGAAGCAGCAGCAAGUAAUCUCGUACAGCACCAGUGGCAGCGGCAGCGCCAGUGGCAGCGGCACGCCCACAGCUCAGGUGACGCCCUUUGUGGCUGGUGUUCCGCCAGUGCAGUCGCCAGACGUUGAUGCUGUCGAGCUGCCCAAUGCCGAACAGUGGCUGGGCCAGGUGGUGCGCACCACUUCGCCCGCUGUGCCGCCCAAAAGGCCCAGCUACUUGGCCAAUGUGGGACGCGCUCAGACAGUGUCAGCGAGUUCCACGGUUGGCGGUGCAACUGAUCCCGAUCCCUUCGAUGCCGAAUGGGCGGCCAAUGUAGCAGCCGCCAAGAAAAUGUCGCCGGAUGUGCUGGGAUCAGGCACAGGAAUUGGGGAAGGAGCUGCUUCAGGCACAGGAAUGGGCACAGGCAGCGGCAGCGGCAGCAACAGGCACAGCACAAAUCCGUUUAUCUCGCCGCCCAAGGCGCCAGCGCAAACAUUCCAGGUGCAGCUGUAGGCAGUGCUUCAGCGGGGGGACGAGGGGCUGGGCACGAGGCGAUCCAAAGUGUGGUUCACUUGAAAAACGUAACUUAGUGUAAUGUGGCAGACAGCACAGAGCGUUAGAUAGUUUAAAGAUAAAUAGAAAGAUAAAGAUAAACAUAAAGAUAAAGAUAUUGCUAUUCGAUUCCAGGUACUUAACGCAAACAAAACAAUUGUUGAAAUAUACUAUUAAAGUACAUAAACGGCUAAACCGUUCAAUUUA